AUGGUGACUUCUCAACGGACAAAUUUUGGGACAAGUUCCGAACGUCCUUUCGUGGUUCGGGGCCGUUUGAUAAGCCAAAGUUCUCAUCGGUCUUCAGUUUUGUCGACGAACAGCGCUAUUUCCAGCAAUCAACACAACCAAAGAGAAAACCCAAAUAGUCCGUCGAGUGAAUCCGAACAACAAUCCAAUUAUUCGCCGGCAAACCCACUUGUGGUUGAUAAUGUCGUUUCUGUGCAAACAUUAUUCGCACAUCUGAAUCACAUAAUCCGAUUUACGAAAAUAUAUCAUCAAGACCAGAAUUUGUUCCUGCGAUACCUGGCUCGAGCGGAACUUCGGUAUCUCAUAUGGCUUAAUCUAUUGGAUCAACUUCGUCCGCAACCAGACUCGAUUCCCAUGCCUCCAUUAGAUGUCGCCUUGUUUUGGUGCGCGCACACGACAAAUGUUCUUACCUAUAAAGAGGAUUUGGUAAGAUUAUUUGGAGAACAUAUGUUGGAUUAUAAUUUUCCUCUAUUGCACAUGGACGCGAUAAAUGCAGAGGGCGAGGAUUAUGUUGACGCGGAUUCUUCCGAGACGUGGCAGUCAUUUUCAGAUGAACCAUAUAUUUUGGAAUUUGAUGACCACCGACCUUUCUUGAUUAGUUGUCCAUUUUGCAUGGAAGGAAAUACCAUUGAUCCGGAUACGUACGUGCAACUUAAAAUGAAUGCAGUAUCACAUUCUUGCGAGAACUGUUCCUUGGAGUUGAAUGCUGAUAUUCUUUCCGCAAAACGAUUAUUGAAUGAUAUUCAAUACUUUCUAUUGGACGAUGUAAAUUGUCUCGCUGGAACGCUUCUGGACACAGAAAAAAAUCAAAUCGAUAUUUAUAUGGCCGUCAAUGAUAAUAAACUUUUAUUCGAUCAUGAUUUUAUACGAGAACUUAUUCGCCUUGUUUCUCCCGUGUAUACCGGCAUAGCAUCACCACCUUCGCUUUAUGUUCCAAAUAUAACCAAAAACUGCAAUUGGCACAACAUUCAGCGAGAGUUCUCCGCAGUUUUAUACAGACUUGAAAUGCAAGGAGAGCUUUGCAACGUUCGUAAAAACAUUCUCAGCAAAAUCAUAACUGCCUACCAGAAUCUGUUCACGCCAUUUUCUCUGGAUCUAAUAGCUGCUGUUAUUCGGUACAAGGAAACUGUCGAGAAAAUAUUGUGUAAUGGUGAUUGGGAGAAUGAAAAUGUGGUGGCAGUGUCUACCGUGAGGUAUCACAAGUUCAUGAUGUUGACGGAAAAACAUCCGGAUCGGAUUCUGGUACCCACAAUGGACAUAUUACUGUGCUGGUAUACUCAUAUGUUAUGGCCAUCGAAAUACUAUGCGUUCACAAUCGGCCUCACCGGUAAAAUUUUAGACCACGUAAAUUCCCUGAGCGAAUCGAAAAUGAUCGCCAACUUUGAAAAGACUGCGCUACUAUGGCAUAAAAAGUACCAGGAACCAUAUACAUCUGAGGAUCCAUCAAAGAAAUGGAAAAGUUCAUCGCGUGUCGUAAUGUCUUUUGUAUUUCCGGUAUAUGGACUUUACGUCGCUCAAAAAUUAUGGAAAUUGAAUAAAACACACGAUAAAAGGAUAGGUCCCGGUGGAAGCGUUCACAUGUCAAUGUAUAUAACUUCAGGAUCAAAUGACAUUAAUAGUUUAGAGAGGAGAGGCCCUUACACAUUUGGCGUAAAUAUAGAAGAUUCCGAAUUGAUGAACUACCAAGAUAAUAUGGGGUCACCGCCAUCGCGCGUUUUUACUUAUAUCAACCCUGAAAUACAGAUUACUUGA